UUCUCUUUCCUCCUUCUCCACUUCCAGUACCUUUUUUUUUUCCUCACCGCUCUUCCUUCUUCUUCACAUUUUUUUUUUCCUUCCUUCCCAACGGGCGACCUAACGACUCCCCCACCUUCGGGCGAAAACUGCUGGACGGCCCGAGCGUCCGUGUGCCGGCGGCCGCCUGGACCCUAGUGUAGCUGCACACAUGCACGCGACAGCAUCUAUCCGCUGUUGUUGCUACUGUCGCCUACUCUUUACCGCGUUGACUCUCCAAAUUGCGAAUUUUCCUUCGCGACUUGUCGAGACUAUUUGCAAAUAGCCAAAACAGGUACCUCGUGAUUUCGGUUUUCAUUGAGGGGAAGAGAAGGGUUAGAGAGGAAGCGGUGGAGUCACUACCGGCUGAGCAAUUGACAGGAAAUUUUCGUUCUAGAUUUAACAUUGAAGGAUAUCUGGGUAAUGUUUUGGAGGACUAGGAGUGCGUGUUGAUUGUUGACAGGAAGAGAUUAAAAUUUUCGUGCAAUGAGAGGAGAUGUCAACGAACUGUGAAGUGUUGGUUAUUGGCAGUUAGCCAGUUAAACUUGAACUCGUGAUAUUUUUGUUGCUGUUGUACUGAGUGGUGUUGAGGGUGAAUGAGUUUUGAUGAAAGGAUUGAACUGAAUGACAGGUGGUGGUACACAGGUGGCCUCUUACCAGCGCAUCGAAACUGUCAUCACACAAGUGUUUGGUCCUGGAAGAAAGAAAGAAGCAAAAUAAACAAAGUGUUUGCUAGGCGAAGUGAAUGAGGCUAGAAGUGACAGGAGAAGGAACAAGUAGCCCUAACAUUGAUAUUCACUCGGUGUUUUGUGUUGUACCAGAUUGUGACAGCUGAUGAUGUCAGUAGUGCGGGAUGACAUGCGAGUGACUGAUUGUGGCAUUGAGUGACACUGUCAACUAGGAUUUUAAGACAUUACUGAAUACCUUUGAACAUUGAAACCAUCGGUCGGCCAGUGAAAGUAUUGAAACCUAGAUGAGACUGUCACCGAGUGAAAACCAUUAUCGAUAAUUCAAUCAGCAAGACAUCAAAUCAAUCAGUGAAAAAACGAGUGCCUCUGGCGUGAGGUAAUCACGAAGACACGUUGGAUUACGCGGGAGUGAGUGCUUACAGGGGCGUUACAGGGCCCAGAAUCGCGGUGGCGGGUACCGGGGUCCUCGCAUUUCCCGGAUUGCUAACUGAGAAGGGUUUAUCACCAGUUGGACAGUCAAAAACAAAGUCUGCAGGUCUGGCGGGCCUUGACAGUGAAGCUGUGCGCCGGUGGGUUGCCGAGGCAGCCCGAUCCGUACGCCAGAUAACACCCCCUGUUAUUGUACCAUCAAGUUCCCAACUUCAUUUGUUCAAUCAUCAGCCCCAACAACAACAGCAACAGCAACAGCAUCAAUCACAUCAGAAUAGUCACCAUUCGUCGCACGACACGAGUCAAUCAUCAUUGGGUACAUCAUUUGCAUUACCCACGUCCAUGACGCAAACACCGAGUAUGCACCUGUUAGAGAAUAACAAUCUUGAAGUUGCUAUGGCACAGCAGCAACAAAAUUCACAACAGAGCCCACAACCAAAUCAGAAUCAAAGCCAAAUACAGAAGCAGAAACAGACUGGAAGCCCAACGAAUAAUAAUACCAUUGAUGCUUGGAGAUCAAUUCAGGGUGGGCAUCAGUGGUGGAGUCCACCGUCUAGUGUACAUCAGGAUCAGGAAAUGGCACAGGCUAAUCAAACAUCAGGUGUUAUAUCAGCUACUCUCAAUCAGAUGCAGAGACUGCAGAGCCAACAAUCAGGUCAAUCAGAUGUUGAUCAACCACUUGAUUUUUCAGUUGGUUCGUUACAACAGCAGAGGCUACAUGCACGUGUCAGGACUAUGCAUGAAAGACUUCAAAAUCGUAUACAUAAUAACAAUAAUAAUAAUAAUAAUGGUAUUGGUGGUAGUGGACAAAAAUCUGGAAGAAUGAACGAGAGAAGAAGCUACAGUCCAAGUGAUGCCAGCACCAGUGGAAGUGAAGACGAGGGGGUGUCAACGGGUGGUAGUCCCUCGGGGCCAUUGCGAGGAGCUGAAACUGAUUCAUGUGAUACUGCUGCAGAGAGAUCCUAUGGAAAAGUGUGGAGAGGAGACGGUGAGGUCGCGUGGCGGACUGAGCAAUCAUUCAAGAGAACGUCACCGCACAAUGUCUGUCCUACUACGGGUGCGUCAGGUGGUAACUCAGCGACACAUCCGCACCUGUCACCGCCCUCUGCUGCGCCGAUUACCCUGCCCGAUCACCGGAGUGCUGGCAUCCAAGGGAAACACAGCAUUUCUCCAGCGAGUGAUGCACUUGGAAGAAUCGACAAAGAGCCACCGUCCCCCGAAUCCAUCCAAGAUGCUGAUCUACAUGGGGAUGUGGACGGUCCCGAGCUCAGUGGAGAUGAUCGGAGUAUCGCCAGCGAUGGCCAGGAUGGUCAUGAAGCCAUCCUGGAUCACGACUCGAUGGAUUCGGAACGAGGGGCCCUCAACCUGGUUACCGAUGUUUCACAGCGAAACAGCAGCAGUGGAACAAGCGGCAGUGCCUCAUCCCCCAGUUCAGGUGUCAGCAGUCAGUUGACCGGGAGUCAUGUUGGCAACACAAGUAAUUCUCAAGCAGCCCUAGCUGCCCAACUAGUCGGUCAACAGCUUCUCAUGCACGGCUCCCUGGGUGCCCUGAGCUCUCAGGAAAUUCAGGCUCUGGCAUCAACACUCCAACAGCAGCAGCAAUCGCUCCAACAGCAUCUCCAACAAAUAGCAAUGUUUCAAUCGGCAAAUCCAGGCGCCGGUCAGCUACCUGCACAGGCGCAGUUCUUCCUUCAGAAUCAGGGGCUGUUGCAGAGCGGUGGCUACGCCCAGAGAUCGAGUCAUCCGCGCUCACAGUCCAUGCAGGUACAGCAAGCUGUGGCUCAGGCAGCCCAGCAACUUCAGGCUCUACAGAAGCAGCAGGCACUGCAGGGCGGCGGUGGUCUCGUGGGAAGAAAUGUACCCCCGCAGAGAUCACCACCCCCUCCUGGUACACCACCAGCGGUAAAACCACCGACAGCAAGAUUGGAACCAUCGCCAGAGGAGACAACAGAUCUUGAGGAGUUGGAGCAGUUUGCCAAGACGUUCAAACAGAGGCGCAUCAAACUCGGUUUCACGCAGGGUGAUGUGGGUCUAGCAAUGGGGAAAUUAUAUGGCAAUGAUUUCUCGCAAACGACAAUUUCAAGGUUUGAGGCACUCAAUUUGUCGUUCAAAAAUAUGUGUAAAUUGAAGCCACUUCUGCAAAAAUGGCUGGAGGACGCUGACAAUUCUCUGAACAAUCCCAACUCACUCACGAAUCCUUUGACAACACCGGAAGCCAUUGGUAGACGACGAAAAAAGCGCACGUCAAUAGAAACUAGUGUUCGUGUUGCACUUGAAAAAGCAUUCAUGCAGAAUCCAAAACCAACUUCUGAGGAAAUUACGAUACUUGCUGACAGCCUGGCGAUGGAGAAAGAAGUCGUGAGAGUGUGGUUUUGCAAUAGGCGACAAAAAGAAAAACGAAUCAACCCACCAACAGCAGCGAUGGGCAGUCCGACAAUGGCCUCCCCAGCGCCCUCAGUAUUUGCAUCCCUGGCGAGUUCCAUGUCGGGGAGUCCCCUGGCUCUGACAACUCACUCCUCGGGUAUGGGCCACUCCCACCCGACUCCCCUCGGCUCACCAAUUCCCCUGGCCCUUGUAGCCUCAGCUGGUAGUAACUAUCACACCUUAAACAGCAAAUCUCACGAGUGACAUCAACCUGUCACUCAGCAUGACAACAAUGCUGCACUCUACCAUCAUCAUCACCGUUCGCAGACCCAACUGCCCCAUCAAUUUCAUAAUCAGCAUCAACGACGCUUGUGCAAUCUUCCCGAAUUUUAUCAGUAGUCGGGAUGUCAACAUUCCAUUUAAUAUCGUGAUUAUUCAGUAUCAAAUCGUGACUAUUCAAUUAUCGUUUAUUGAUACUGCAAUAUAUCCCUGAGUCACUGGUGAUUAACACAACCCGAGGAAGUGAAGAAAAAUGUAUACGUGUGAGUUUGAGAAAUCUUAGAGAACCUCUCGACGAUUCAAUUUUCAAUUGAUUAUAUAAUUUUUUAUGUACAAUUUGAAAAGGAAAAAAAAAUCGUGAUGAUUGGGUGUGCAUGUACUGGAGAGCAUGGGAAUUUAUCUUUUUUCUUUUUCACAACGAAAAAAAAGUAACGAUCGAUGUACAUAACUAGACAAAGAGUUGUAGUUAAUUAUUAUUACUGUUGUUUGGAUUGAAUGAAUCUAAAAAAUCCGGAGAUGCUGACAAUUUGAAGGGAGAAAUUUGGUUCAAGGAACAAACUAUUAUUUAGGGAUGGCCCCUAUCGAUACUUAUUGAUUGAAGAAUGAGAAAGUGGAUGGGUGUAACUAAUCGUAGGUACGUGAAACGAUUAAUCUCGUUGAUUAGAGAACAAAUUCACAUGUAAUAUUUCUAUUUAUGAUUAUUUAUUCUUACAGCCUAUUAAUCACUAAUUAUUUCAGGGAAAAUGCACUCAGUGAUGCUUUUAUUGCUGAAUGUAUUUUCUCGAGAGUAUCGAUUGUGUACCACCGAUUUAAUCACGAGAUUUAAUCGUACACGUGUGACAGUACGAAGUAUUAUAGGACAAUCCAUUUUUUGUAAUUCUGGUGUUGAUAGGGCGCUUUAGCAAAAAGAGAAUCAACAAUUCUCGUAUUAACGUCGCAAGUGACGUUAUUGUAUUUAUAAAUAAAUGUAUAUAAUUACGGGAAUGAUAUCAUAAAGUAUUAAACAUGUAUCGACUGUUCAGUUCUAUAUGUAUAUAUAUAUAAGUUCUAUAUAUAUAAAUAUAGAUAUGCAUAUUUACGAUAUAAAUAUGUAAACCAAUGUAUUGUAAAUAGUCCGGUCAUUUUCAAUUGAGUACGAGAUAUUGAAAAAAUUCACUCGUGUAUUCAUCGAUAAUAAUUGAUGUUGUUUAUCUUUUUCAUUAACAAUUAUUGAUAAUUCAAUUUGGCUAUUGUUUAUUGUACAUUGUAAAUGGGGCUUUCCACAAGUGUUGCGUUUGUUCUUUUCUUCUUUUCAAUCGAGUUAUUAGUGACAAUUUGCAUUUCCAUUUUUCCGUCAUUUUGUUGACAUUCUAUUUAAUGUGAAAUUCCAGAUUUGUGGACCAAGUGUAGUAAAAUGUUUUGUAAGAAUUGACAGCCUUCUUUGAGAGAAAAAAAAGUGAAUUAUUUUUUUUAGUGGAAAUAUGAGAAAUCUUUUUGUUCAUAGCCCGAGAAUUUAAUAUUUAAUUGAGACACGAUAACCGCAUAUGAAAUUACAUUCCAGUAGAUUUAGUACAUAAUAUCCCCCACCCCUAUCCGAUAAUUCAAAAAAAUUGUUGAUGCACUAUAAAAUCAAUUCAUGAUUUAACGUUUACAAUAGAUUAUAUUAUUUUUCAUUAUAUUUCAACUUCCAUUAUGUUAUAAUAAAAUGCAUACAGACAUUGAAAUUAUUAUUUUAUUUAUUUUUUCAUUUACUUAGUUUUUCCUGUCGAUUUACGGGGCACAGGGGGCUGAACAAAAUUUUAAUGACUUUUUUAUAGCUUUAUGAGAACAUUUUGUUUAUCAUUUCAACUGAACAUAUGGAAAUAUUGACAGAAUAUCGAAGAGACAAUGGAAAAUCAACCGUUCAUUAUUUUAUAAAUCGAGUGAAUUAUUCCUUGAGUAACAGACGAUGAUUAAUUCCGUAAUUGAUAUUCUGUCAAUUUUUUAGAUAAUUAAUUAUGAUUGAAAUUUAGAAAAAGUUCUCACCAAAUAUUAUUUAUUUGAUAGAAAAAAAAUGUGCCGUUGCCACCGUCCUAUCUCCUCUUGUAAAUAAAUAAACUGGUAAUCCUAGGUAUCGAGUAAUCGAGAUGAAUUAUUACUCUAAGACAUGUACCAAAUUCUAGUUAUCCAGAUAAAUGAAAAUUAUCUCUCGCUAUAUGAUAAUCCGUAAUCAACGAACAUGACUGUCGCAUGACUUUGAAUGACUAGAGAGAGAUUCGAUUAUAAGAUGUUCUGUAUUCAAGACAAUUUUCAUGGAUGACUACUAAUGAUAAGUGAAAAAUAUUAACACUCGCAGACGAAUUUGAAUUGUUAAAAAAAUAUAAAAAGCAUUGAAAUCUUGGACUGAAUAUUUACAAUAAAAUUUAAACAAAUCAAUGUUAUAUAUUCUAGGGUUACGAGGGGAUGAUCGACUCAUCAAAGAAUGACAGUUCGCGAACAUUUGAUGAAUUAAAACGAAAUGCACGGUUUAAAGUUCCUUAAGAGACGUGGAAACACCAUUACGGACAAAAUAAAAAAUCUAUAAUGUUUUAAUAUUUUGUACUUAACAAGUGUAAUAAUGCAUCGAUGAGUAAUAGUAUUAAUCGUAAAUAUGCGGUAUUGCAGGAAUAGUCGAGAGUAAAGUGAACUCGAUGCCAAAAUUAUCGAAUUGAAAUUUUUUCGAUAAAAAUUUAAUGAAAAUUGUGACAGAAGUAACACGAUUAUUAUUUAGGCGAUAACAAGCGUCGAGGGUGUAUAAAUAAAAUCAUAUCAAUCGUACAUAGUUAAUGUUAAAACUAUUAGGUACACUAUGGUUAAAAAUUAGUUAUCAUAUAUCAUCAUAUGAUUAGUCAAAGAAAAUACUGUAAUUAUAUAAUAAAUUGCGUCAUAGAU